CCAGAAUGCAGCGAAGCAGUGUUGGAGCAGGCUGUGUUGUUGGGAUGUUCAGGAUUAAAGAUGGCCACCAGUAGAAGGAACAGGGUCAGUAGCCACUCCAGCAUUGCGGCGUUAUUCAUCGUUGAUGGAUAAAAUGAAAACAGAAAGCCGUCAUUAGCAAACAUACAUAUAAGCAAACAAACCUUCAUUCUCCCUGACCCCGAUCCCUGUGGAUUAAAAAAAAAAAAAAAAAAAAAAUCAAAACAAAACCACCGACUGCCUGUGCUGGCUCGCUUCUCAAGAUGAACAUGGUGAAGAGGAUCAUAGGGCGGCCCCACCUGGAGGAGUGCAGCCCGCAAGACAACGCGCUGGGCCUCAUGCACCUGCGCCGACUCUUCAGUGAGCUCAGCCACCCGCCGCGCCACAUGAGCCAGAAGGAACAGGAGGAGAAGCUGUACAUGAUGCUGCCUGUCUUCAACAGGGUGUUUGGCAAUGCGCCCUCAAAUACAAUGACAGAGAAGUUCUCUGACCUCCUCCAGUUUACAACACAAGUAUCACGAUUAAUGGUCACCGAGAUCAGAAGGCGGGCAUCUAACAAAUCAACAGAGGCUGCCAGUCGGGCCAUCGUUCAGUUUCUGGAGGUGAAUCACAGUGAGGAGGCUAGUCGAGGCUGGAUGCUGCUCACGACCAUCAACCUGCUGGCAUCAUCGGGGCAGAAAGCGGUGGAUUGCAUGACCACAAUGUCGGUGCCGUCCACACUGGUGAAGUGCUUGUACCUGUUCUUUGACCUCCCUCACGUGCCGGAGGUUCCCGGAGCUGCCCAGACAGAGCUGCCCCUUGCGGAACGCAGGGCUCUGCUGCAGAAAGUCUUUGUGCAGGUCCUGGUGAAGUUGUGCAGUUUCGUGUCCCCAGCAGAAGAGCUUGCACAGAAAGAUGACCUGCAGCUCUUAUUCAGUGCAUUAACAUCAUGGUGUCCUCCCCACAAUCUGCCUUGGAGGAAGAGCGCAGGGGAAGUGCUGAUGACAAUAUCACGACAUGGCCUCAGUGUCAAUGUAGUCAAGUACAUUCACGAGAAAGAAUGUUUGGCCACAUGCAUUCAGAACAUGCAGCAGUCAGAUGACCUUUCAUCCCUGGAGAUUGUGGAAAUGUUUGCUGGGCUGUCCUGCUUUCUGAAAGACUCCAGUGAUGUAUCGCAGAUGUUGCUGGAUGAUUUUAGGAUCUGUCAGGGAUACACUUUCCUUUGUGAUCUGAUGCUGAGGCUGGAGCAAGCAAAAGAGGAUGAUUCCAAAGACACUCUGAAAGACUUGGUUAAUGUGGUCACUUCACUGACAGUGUCCGGAGUGACUGAGCUCAAGCCUGCUGGCGUCACCACGGGGGUGCCGUUUCUCUUGCCAGGGUUUGCUGUGCCACAGCCCACAGGAAAAGGUCACACAGUGCGGAACAUCCAAGCCUUCUCUGUGCUUCAGAAUGCCUUUCUCAAAGCGAAAACCUGUCGCCUCACCAGAAUCAUCCUGGAUGCUAUUUCAAACAUUUACAUGGCAGACAAUGCCAAUUACUUCAUCCUGGAGUCCCAGCACACUUUGUCACAGUUUGCAGAAAAGAUGUUGAAGAUGUCGGAGGUGCAGACCAAAUAUUUUGAGCUGUUGGAGUUUGUGGUUUUUAGUUUGAACUACAUCCCUUGUAAAGAGUUGUUCAGUGUGAGCAUGCUGCUGAAGUCCAGCUCCUCAUACCAGUGCAGCAUGGCAGCGACGCAGACCCUACUAAAGUUCAGCCGCCACGACCCCCUCUUCAGAGACGUGUUCAGAGAGGUGGGGCUGAUGGAGGUCCUGGUGAACAUGCUGCACAAGUACGCUGCACUGCUGAAGGACCCCACACAGGGGUUGAACGAGCAAGGAGAUUCUAAUAAUAGCUUAAUGGAGGACCAAAAGCAAUUGGCAUGGCUGGUGAUGGAGACCUUAACAGUGCUUCUGCAAGGGUCCAACACAAACGCAGGUAUUUUUCGGGAGUUUGGUGGUGCCAGGUGUGUCCAUAACAUUGUGAAGUACCCCCAGUGCAGGGAGCAUGCUCUGCUGAUUAUCCAGCAGCUGCUGCUGUCCCCCAGUGGAGAUGAUGACAUGGGCACUCUGCUAGGGUUAAUGCACUCGGCACCACCCACAGAACUGCAGCUCAAAACACAUAUACUCAAGGCCCUUCUCGCUGUCUUGAGAGAGAGUCACCGCACCAGGACAGUAUUCAGAAAAGUCGGAGGGUUUGUUUAUGUCACCUCUCUGCUGGUUGCCAUGGAGAGGUCCUUGUGUUCUCCCCCUAGGUAUGGCUGGGAGACAGUCAACCAGAAGCAGUUGUUUGAGCUGCUGCACACAGUGUUCUGCACACUGACUGCUGCCAUGCGCUAUGAGCCUGCCAACUCCCACUUCUUCAGCACAGAGAUCAAGUACGAGAAGCUGGCGGACGCAGUGAGGCUAUUGGGCUGCUUCUCCGACUCCAAGAAACUCUCCCCAGCAACAGUCUUCCCAUCAAACUCUCAACCCUUCCAGACACUGCUUGAAGAGGAGCUCCUCCCAGGGGACAGUGUGUCUCCCACUCUGAGGCACUGCAGCAAGCUCUUCAUCUACAUGUACAAGAUGGCCACGGAUUCCUUUGACAGUCGUGCUGAGCAGGUGCCUCCUUGCCUGACACACGAGACCUCCCUCCCCUCCCCAUGGGGGACCCCAGCUCUGCCCAGGAAAAGACACGGCUAUCACUUAGUGUCGGUCCCGGGGCCCGUCCUUCCUCUGAAGCAAGUCACUGAGCUGAAGCUGCAUUCUGGAGAUGCUCCCCUACAUUCCCCCGAUGCAGUUGUCAUCCACCCUGGAGCGGUGCUGGCCAUGCUGGACCUCCUGCCCUCUGUCAGCUGUGACACCCACCCUGAGCAUGCCCUGGACCUGCAGCUGGUGGUGGCUAACAUCUUGCAGCUGCUGGUUCACACAGAGAGGAAUCAGCAGAUGCUGUGUGAGGCAGCCCUUCACUCCAGACUGCUCCAGCGUUGCAGCGCAGCCUUGGCUGACGAGGACCACCCCCUCCACCCCCCGCUGCAGAGGAUGUUUGAGAGGCUGGCCUCGCAGGCCUUACAGCCCAUGGUCUUGAGGGAAUUUCUCCGCCUGGCAAAUCCAUUGAAUUGUGGUGCCUGGGACAAGAAGCUAUUGAAACAGUACAGAGUCCACAAGCCCAGUUCUGUAUGGUUUGAACCUGAAAUGAGAAACAGUAUGACCAUGUCGAUGGAGGGCCCAGACAGCGUGUUCGCUGUGAAUGAAGAUAAUAACCACUACAGGAUAAGCAGGAGUCUUGUGAGGUCAGCAGAAGGAAGCUCAGUGCCUCUGACCAGAGUGAAGUGCUUGGUCUCCAUGACAACCCCACAUGAUAUCAGGCUUCACGGCUCUGCAGUCACCCCGGCCUUUGUGGAGUUUGACACAUCUCUGGAAGGGUUUGGCUGCCUCUUCAUGCCAAGUUUGGCUCCACAUAAUGCUCCAUUGAAUAAUGUCCCUGCAUCUGGAGUCAGUGAUGGGGCUGUUGUCAGUGGAAUAGGAAAUGGUGAAAGGCUGUUCCCACCUCCGUCUGGCCUAACCUACUCCUCAUGGUUUUGCAUUGAGCGCUUCAGCACUCCUCCUAAUCACCACCCUGUGCGGCUCCUCACUGUGGUGCGAAGGGCCUCCUCCUCAGAGCAGCACUACGUGUGCCUGGCCAUCGUCCUGUCCGCAAAGGACAGGUCCCUCAUCGUGUCCACCAAAGAGGAGCUGCUCCACAGUUAUGUGGAUGACUUCAGCGAGGAAUCCUCUUUUUAUGAGAUCCUCCCCUGCUGUGCUCGUUUCCGCUGUGGUGAUCUCAUUAGUGAGGCGCAGUGGCAUCACCUAGUGUUGGUGAUGAGUAAGGGCAUGCUGAAGAACAGCACAGCCACACUCUACAUUGAUGGGCAGCUGGUAAACACUGUCAAGCUUCACUAUGUCCACAGCAGCCCUGGAGGCUCUAGCUCCACAAACCCCCCGGUGGUCAGCACAGUGUACUGCUAUGUGGGCUCUCCCCCUGCCCAGCGCCAGCUCUCCACACUGGUGUGGCGCCUCGGUCCCACACACUUCCUGGAGGACGUCCUCCCUGCUUCCAGCGUCUACACCAUUUAUGAAUUGGGACCAAACUACGCCGGGAGCUUCCAAGCAGUCUACCUCCCAGGUAAAGACUCCAAGGCUGAAGCCGCUGGUCCCUGCCCUGUGGCCCUGGUGCCUGAGGAGAAGGUUUCCUUUGGGCUCUCUGCACUCUCUGUGUCUGCGCUCACUGUCGCCAAGAUCAGGAAAGUGUACAACAAGCUGGACGGCAAAGCCAUCGCUAAGCAGUUGACCGUUUCCUCCCAUGAAAAUGCUACCCCAGUCAAGGUAUUGCACAACUCUGCAGGGCAUCUAAAUGGACCAGCACGCACUAUUGGGGCCGCCGUCAUUGGGUACUUAGGAGUGAGAGAAUUUGUUCCCAAGCCAGUUGCAACAAACCUGCAGUAUAUCGGGGGAGCUGCAGCCACCCUUGGCCUGGUUGCCAUGGCGUCAGAUGUUGAGGGACUAUAUGCUGCAGUAAAAGCUCUGGUGUGUGUGGUGAAGAGCAACUCUCUGGCCAGCAAGGAGAUGGAAAGAAUCAAAGGCUAUCAGUUACUUGCAAUGCUGCUGAAGAAGAAACGCUCCCUUCUCAACAGCCAUAUUCUUCAUCUCACCUUCUCUCUGGUGGGUACAGUGGAUAGCGGCCAUGAGACCUCCAUCAUUCCCAAUUCCACUGCCUUCCAAGAGCUGCUCUGUGAUUUUGAGGUCUGGCUUCAUGCUCCAUAUGAACUGCACCUGUCCCUGUUUGAGCACUUCACUGAACUUCUUACAGAAUCAAGUGAAGCAGAUAAAAAUUCCAAGUUACUGAGAGAGUUUCAGCUGAUCCCCAAGUUGCUGCUCACGCUAAGAGAUACCUCCCUGUCCCAGCCCACCAUUGCAGCCAUCAGUAAUGUGCUCAGUCUUCUGCUCCAGGGCUUCCCGAACAACAAUGAUGUACUCAGGUUUGGUCAGUUCAUCUCCUCAACACUGCCCACCUUUGCAGUCUGUGAAAAGUUUGUAGUAAUGGAGGUUAACAACGAUGAAAUGAUAGAUGGAGGAAGUGAAGAUGAUUUUGGGGGGCUUCUUUCUGCUAACCUAAUCUUGUUAAGGAACUGUCUGCUGGACAUCUUACUGAAACUGCUGUUCACCUCGAAGGAGAAGGUCUCUGUUAAUGCCCAAGCCUGUGAGGACCUGGUGAAGAUCCUGGGUUUCGAUUGGCUCCUGAUGUUCAUGGAGGAGCACCUUCACUCCAGCACAGUCACCGCUGCCAUGAGAAUCCUCGUAGUCCUGCUCAGCAACCAGCCCAAUCUCACCCGCUUCAAGGAGGGGCUCACAGGGGGAGGCUGGCUGGACCACACCGACUCUGUCCUUACCAACAAGAUCGGCACUGUACUGGGGUUCAAUGUUGGUAGAAGUGCAGGCGGUAGAUCCACAGUGCGGGAGAUAAACCGCGAUGCUUGUCACUUCCCGGGCUUCCCUGUUCUUCAGACCUUCUUACCCAAACAUACCAACGUCCCAGAGCUCUACUUCCUGCUGAUGGCUCUGUUCCUGCAGCAGCCAGUCACUGAGCUGCCUGGGAACCUGCAGUUUGAUCUAGACUCCAUCUGGACAUUUAUUUUUGGAGUUCCUGCUUCCAGUGGACCUGCGGUGGGAUCGAUUCAUAAUGUUUGCACCGAGGCUGCCUUCUUACUGCUCGGGAUGCUCAGGAGCAUGCUCAAUCUACCGUGGCAGUCUGAGGAGGAGGGGUCGUGGCUGCGGGAGUACCCCGUCACUCUCAUGCAGUUCUUCCGCUAUCUGUAUCACAAUGUUCCAGAUCUAGCUCCAAUGUGGAUCAGCCCCGAAUUCCUCUGUGCACUGGCAGCCACAGUCUUCCCUUUCAACAUCCGGCCCUAUUCAGAGAUGGUCAGUGAUCUAGAUGAUGAAGUUGGCUCUCCUGCAGAAGAGUUUAAAACCUUAACUGCCGACACUGGCAUGAACCGCAGCCAGUCUGAAUACUGCAAUGUGGGGUUAAAGACCUAUCUGACCAACCACCCGGCCAAGAAAUAUGUGUUUGACUUCAUGAGAGUCCUCAUCAUGGACAACCUCUGCCUGACACCAGCCAGCAAGCAGACUCCCAUCAUUGACCUUCUGCUGGAGGCUUCACCAGAAAGGUCAACUAGAACCCAACAAAAAGAGUUUCAGACUUCCAUCGUGGGCAGUGUGAUGGAGCACCUGCUCGCGGCUGAGGUCCUUCUGGGGGAAGAUGCCUCUCUGCCUAUCACAAGCAAAGGAAGUUACCAGGUCCUGGUGAACAAUGUGUUUUAUUUCACUCAACGAGUCGUGGACAAGCUCUGGCAGGGAAUGUUCAACAGGGAGUCCAAGAUGGUUGUGGAUUUUAUCAUUCAGCUCAUUGGACAGUCUAAGAGAAGAUCUCAAGGUCUGUCGCUGGACUCCAUCUACCACGACCUGAACAGGACCAUCCUUUAUCAACUCUCCAGACCCCACAAGACUGUCCCACAGCAGGUGGCUCUCCUGGACUCACUCCGGGUCCUCACUGUCAACAGGAACCUCCUUCUGGGCCCCGGGAACCACGAUCAGGAGUUCCUGGGCUGCCUGGCACACUGCUUCAUCAGCCUCCAUGCAGGGAGCAGUGUGGAUGGAUUUGGCUUGGAGGCAGAAGCUAGAAUGACAACGUGGCACAUCACGAUGCCCUCUGACAUUGAACCAGAUGUCCUUCACAGUCAAGAUGUUAGUGAAGGACGGCAGCUUCUGCUGAAAGCAGUGAACAGAGUGUGGACGGAGCUCAUUCUCAGUAAGAAGCAGGCACUGGAGGAUAUAUUUAAAGUGCCUCUGCCCACAAACGAUCGCGGGCACAUUGACAUUGCCACGGCCCGAGCACACAUUGAAGAGGCUGCUCUGAAGAACUGGCAGAACUACCUGGCCCAUGAGAAGAAGUGCAUAAGCAGAGGCGAGGCUAUCGCUCCGGUCACACAGUCCAAGCUGUCCAGAGUCAGCAGUGGCUUCGGUCUUUCCAAGCUCACUGGAUCCAGGCGCAACAGGAAGGAGACUGCAUUAAACAAGAAUAACCUCUCUGCACAGGAGACGUUUCAGUGGAUGUUCACUCAUAUUGCUGUUGUGCGGGAUUUGGUGGCCAUGCAGUAUAAAGAAUAUCAGGAGCGACAGCAGAAUGUUCUGAAGUACGUCUCUGAGGAGUGGGCUCAGAUUGAGUACGAGCUCCUAAGGGAGAGGGGCCUGUGGGGGCCACCCAUCGGGUCCCACCUGGACAAGUUUCUGCUGGAGAUGACUGAAGGGCCUUGCCGCAUGAGGAAGAAGAUGGUUCGCAAUGACAUGUUUUACGUCCACUACCCCUACAUUCCAGACGGCGAUCAGGAGACCAGCAGUCCAAAACCGACCCGCUACCGAAGAGCGGUAAGUUACGACAGUAAAGAGUACUUCAUGCGGCUGCUCUCUGGAAACCCUGGCAUGUAUCAGCACUCCAUGGAGCAGACUUCAGUGAGGGAGACCACUCAGCAUGAGCACGAGCAAGGGGAGGAUACCAUCGCCAAAGUUAAAGGGCUUGUGAAGCCCCCUCUGAGGCGUUCCCGCUCCACGGCCGAGGGGCCGGACGAGGACAGCCAGGACCAGAUGCAGGAGCAGCUCCUGGAGGCUUGCGCAAUGGACGAGGAGGAGAAGACCAACAACAGCACCCUGCUACGGCUGCUGGAAGAGGGGGAGAAGAUUCAGCAUAUGUACAGAUGUGCGCGAGUUCAAGGGCUUGACACCAGCGAGGGCCUCCUGUUGUUUGGAAAAGAGCAUUUCUAUGUGAUUGAUGGCUUCACAAUGACAGUCACCAGAGAGAUCAGGGACAUUGAGACGCUGCCACCAGACAUGCAUGAAGCUAUUAUUCCCAGAGGGGCCAGGCAAGGUCAAAGCCAGCUCAAGAGAACCUGCAGUAUUUUUGCUUAUGAAGACAUCAAAGAAGUGCACAAGCGAAGGUACCUCCUGCAGCCCAUUGCAGUCGAAGUAUUUUCAGGUGAUGGUCGAAAUUACCUCUUGGCAUUCCAGAAAGGGAUUAGAAAUAAAGUGUACCAGAGGUUUCUGGCUGUUGUGCCUUCACUAGCUGAUAGUUCAGAGUCGGUUUCUGGUCAGCGCCCGAACACCAGUGUAGAGCAGGGUUCUGGUCUGCUGAGUACCUUGGUUGGAGAGAGGUCUGUGACACAGAGAUGGGAGAGAGGAGAGAUCAGCAAUUUCCAGUAUCUGAUGCAUCUGAAUACAUUGGCUGGCAGGUCCUACAAUGACCUCAUGCAGUAUCCAGUCUUCCCAUGGAUCCUUGCCGACUAUGAUUCAGAGGAACUUGAUCUCAACAAUCCCAAUACGUUCCGAAACCUGUCUAAGCCAAUGGGAGCACAGACUGAUGACAGGCUGGCCCAGUAUAAGAAGAGAUUCAAAGACUGGGAGGACCCUACUGGUGAAACUCCAGCCUAUCAUUAUGGGACACACUACUCCUCUGCCAUGAUUGUGGCUUCCUAUCUGCUUAGAAUGGAGCCUUUCACCCAGAUCUUCUUAAGACUGCAGGGUGGGCACUUUGACCUUGCUGACCGAAUGUUUCACAGUGUGCGAGAGGCCUGGUAUUCUGCAGCAAAACACAACAUGGCCGACGUCAAGGAACUCCUCCCCGAAUUCUUCUACCUUCCCGAGUUCCUCCUGAACUCCAACAACUUUGACCUAGGUGCUAAACAGAAUGGCACCAAGCUGGGGGAUGUGAUACUGCCCCCAUGGGCUAAAGGGGACCCAAGAGAGUUCAUCCGUGUACAUCGAGAGGCACUAGAGUGUGACUUUGUCAGCGCACACCUGCAUGAAUGGAUAGACCUGAUCUUCGGUUACAAACAGCAGGGCCCUUCGGCAGUGGAGUCUGUGAAUGUCUUUCAUCACCUCUUCUACGAGGGCCAGGUGGACAUCUAUAACAUCAAUGAUCCGCUCAAGGAGACGGCUACUAUAGGAUUCAUCAAUAACUUUGGGCAGAUACCCAAACAGUUGUUUAAGAAGCCUCACCCACCCAAGCGAGUUCGGAGCAGGUCCAAUGGAGAUGUCCCGGGGAUGCCAGCAUCUGUAGCCUCUGCUGGGGACAGGAUCUUCUUCCAUCACUUAGACAACCUGAGGCCGUCACUGGCCCCUAUGAAAGAACUCAAGGAGCCAGUUGGACAGAUCGUGUGCACAGACAAAGGCAUCCUGGCCGUGGAACAGAACAAGCUUCUUAUUCCCCCAGCCUGGAACAAGACCUUCUCCUGGGGCUACGCUGACCUCAGCUGCAGGCUGGCACAUUACGAGUCUGACAAGGCUGUUACUGUGUACGAGUGCCUGUCUGAAUGGGGUCACAUCCUCUGCGCUAUUUGUCCAAGCCCAAAGCUGGUCAUUACUGGAGGGACAAGCACUGCAAUCUGUGUGUGGGAGAUGGGAACUUCAAAAGAGAGGGCAAAAACACUCACACUGAAACAGGCACUGUUGGGCCACACAGAUGCUGUGACAUGUCUUACAGCCUCCUCAGCCUAUCACAUCAUUGUUAGUGGAUCUCGGGACCGGACCUGUAUCAUCUGGGACCUGAACAAGCUGUUGUUCGUCACCCAGUUGCGAGGCCACAGGGCGCCGGUCUCAGCGCUCUGCAUCAAUGAGCUGACGGGUGAUAUUGUCUCUUGUGCUGGCACCUACAUCCAUGUGUGGAGCAUCAAUGGAAGCCCCAUUGUGAGCGUUAACACCUUCACAGGAAGAAGUCAGCAGAUCCUGUGCUGUUGUGUGUCCGAGAUGAAUGAAUGGGACACCCAGAAUGUGAUAGUAACAGGUCAUUCUGACGGAGUGGUCCGGUUCUGGAGGAUGGAGUUUUUGCAGGUUCCAGAGACUCCUGCUCCAGGGCCAGUGGAGGUUCCAGAUAUACCUGACUGCUGUGCAGAUGACAAGAUAGAGGGAAGGGAAGCGCAGGAUGAGGAGAGCAGCGACUCUGAUGCUGACGACCAGAGCAUCAGUCAGGAGCCCAAACCCCGACCUUGCCAGAGCCAGCCUGGCAGUGCCAUCCAGAGGUCCGAAGGGGACAAGGCGGUCCCCUCCUGGUCUGCAGACAAUGACUUGGACAACUCUCACUGCUGGUCAGAUCACCUCAGCCUGGAUGAGAAAGAUGGCUUUGUCUUUGUGAAUUACUCUGAGAGUCAAACCAGGAUCCCAGUGCAGGCCCUCCCAGUGCAACCCCAGCCUCAGCCCCCUCCCCAGCCCCAGCCUCCUCCCCCUCAGCCUCUACAGCAAAGGCCUGGACCUUACAACACACUGAGACCAGGGUACAGAUGGGAGCGCCAGCUGGUCUUCAGAAGCAAGCUGACGAUGCACACUGCAUUCGAUCGCAAAGACAAUGGCCAUCCAGCUGAGAUUACAUCUCUUGGAAUCUCCAAGGAUCACAGCAAGGUCCUGGUGGGGGACAGCCGGGGCAGGGUGUUCUGCUGGUCAGUGAGUGACCAGCCUGGCCGCUCUGCUGCAGACCACUGGGUGAAAGAUGAGGGAGGGGACAGCUGCUCCGGCUGCACACUGCGCUUCUCCCUCACUGAAAGGCGCCAUCACUGCAGGAACUGUGGACAGCUCUUCUGUCAGAAGUGCAGUAGAUUCCAGUCUGAGAUCAAGCGUCUAAAAAUCUCCUCCCCAGUCAGAGUGUGUCAGAACUGUUACUAUAACCUGCAGCACGAGCGGGGGCCAGACGAGGGCUGCAGGAACUAGAGCUGCUGAGAGAGAGGAGGGCUCCAGGAACUAGAGCUCAGAGAGAGGAAAGCUCCAAGAACUAGAACUCAGAGAGAGCAGAGCUCCAGGAACUAGAGCUGAGAGAGGAGAGCUCCAGGAACUAGAGCUCAGAGAGGGUAGAGCUGAGAGAGAGAGGAAAGCUCCAGGAACUAGAGCUCAGAGAGAGGAGAGCUCCAGGAACUAGAGCUCAGAGAGAGGAGGGCUCCAGGAACUAGAGCUCAGAGAGAGGAGGGCUCCCGGAACUAGAGCUGAGAGAGAGGAACGCUCCAGGAACUAGAGCUCAGAGAGAGGAGAGCUCCAGGAACUAGAGCUCAGAGAGAGGAGGGCUCCAGGAACUAGAGCUCAGAGAGAGGAGGGCUCCAGGAACUAGAGCUCAGAGAGAGGAGAGCUCCAGGAACUAGAGCUCAGAGAGAGGAGAGCUCCAGGAACUAGAGCUCAGAGAGAGGAGAGCUCCAGGACCUAGAGCUGAGAGAGGAGAGCUCCAGGAACUAGAGCUCAGAGAGGAGAGCUCCAGGAACUAGAGCUCAUAGAGCAGGGCUCCAGGAACUAGAGCUGAGUAUUGACAGCCAACCCCACCCCUUAAGGCACCUGGAGGAGGAGGAGGAGGAGGAGGAGGAGGAGGAAGAGGACAACAGUGAGAUUCUGGACCUUCACAUACAUUUCUUUGUACUGUGUAUAAAGCACUGAUUUAGAAAAGGGAUCACUGAUUGCACAAAAAUGUGUUAAAUGUCUAUGUGGCAGGUUUGGGUCCAAUGGCAUUAGAUGGUUUAAAACAAUAGCACACUCUUUUUUUCUUCUUCCCCUUAUUGUCUGCUUUUUUUUUUCUUGACAUCAGUUCUACCUAAAUGUCUUCAGAGAAACACUGGCUUUUUAGAUAUUAGAUAUACACUAUAUUUGGCCGCCUUGAAAAAUAAAAUUAAUUUGUUUAUAUUGUAAAUAAACACAAUGGCCUUUUUAACUUGACAAAUUUAUUAAAAAUGUUGCUUGUUACUAAGAAUUCUGUCAAACCGCUAUUUGCUUUAAAAAAUAAUAAAAAAGAAAAAGAUAAAAGAACCUGUCAGCUGAUGCCGCUAUAUAGAAAAUGUGGGCAGAAAAAAACACCACAAUGAAUGUUUACAUGUUAAUUCCAUUCUGAGCAGAUUUUAUUUGGAUUAAAUGUAAUGAAUUCUUACCUGUUGUUUACUACAUUGAUUUUGUUAAACUAUUGCCAACAGUAUCCUGGUGUCUGCUUUCAAUGAUGACUGUUCAGUGUGUGGACAGCAGUUUAGAACCAUUAGACUUUCAAUUAUAUGAACAACUAAGUAAUAGCAUUGCAACAUAUCACAGAUCCCUUCAGAAUUAAAAACAUCAAUACAUAUACAGUAUGAUAAUGUCGUUUUCAGGAUAGUUCUGAUCCAGUUUCUUUGUUUGUUUUAAACAAUGUAACAUUACGUGGGAUUCGCAAACAUAUCAUUCAAUCUUAUCAUUCCAACUUACCCUGCUUGGUACUUAGCCUGAAGAUGCUUUGCAUAUUGCAGCAGCUCAAGGAAAGACAUCUCUCAAGAAAUGGUAGCAUUGAGACUUGCAAGAAGGUACAAAGCCUUCUGUAGGAACACUGCAUUCCCUGAUAGCAUUGAGACUCACUGACUUCCAUAGGAACACUGCAUUCCCUGAUAGCAUUGAGACUCACUGACUUCCAUAGGAACACAGCAUUCCCUGAUAGCAUUGAGACUCACUGACUUCCAUAGAAACACGGCGUUCCCUGAUAGCAUUGACUUCUGUAGGAACACAGCGUUCCCUGAUAGGAAUGAGACUCACUAACUUCCAUAGGAACACGGUGUUCCCUGAUAGCACUGAGACUCGCUGACUUCUGUAGGAACACAGCGUUCCCUAAUAGCAUUGAUACUGACUGACUUCCGUAGGAACACAACAUUCCCUGAUAGCUUUGAGACUCACUGACUUCUGUAGAAACACAGCAUUCCCUGAUAGCAUUGAGACUCACUGACUUCUGUAGGAAAACAGCGUUCCCUGAUAGCAUUGAUGCUCACUGACUUUUGUAGGAACAGGGCGUUCCCAGAUAGCACUGUGGAAACCCAAAUUGGGAAAAGACAAACUUCUUAAGAUGCAGAAAAUCUACCUGACAUGCUAUCUAUUGUGUACACUGAUGUCUCCUCUCCACCUUUUUUGACUGACAUGCAAUCUAUUGUGUACACUGAUGUCUCCACCUCUUUGCCUGACAUGCAGGUUAUUGUGUACACUGUAGUCUCCUCUCUGCCUGUUUGAAGGGUAGCUUCUUGUUUAUUUAACUUGGUGGUGUUGGUGACUACACUAGAAUGUAAGACUUGUCAUUUUUGAUGUGAUGUCCGUCUGUAGAUAAGCUGUGGCUGUCUUCCCAUUACUGGUCUCCUCAUCAAAUCCACUGUCUUCACUUGUUAAAUAUCAAGUCUGUUUAGAGCGGUUCAUUUUUUUUUUUUAAUUGGUUCCAAAUGUGUGCGGAUAGCCAGGGUCCUUUAUCCGUUUACAGUGGAGUCUUUUGUUCAUCAGUAGUUUGAUGUUCUUCUUGCACUAUGAUAUCACUAGCCCUCUAAGAUAGAAGGUUGCUUUGUUUUUGGUACUGUGGGCAACAAUAGUUCUGUGUAAUGCUGCUUUAACAGGAAGAAAGCAGCCUUGAUUAGGUCGCUUUCUAUGACAUACAUAUAUCAAUCAUAUUCAUAACCAUUUUAUUACAUACACAAAUCAUAUUCAUAACCAUUUUGUUACAUAUAACAUGUAACGAGUAGAUUUGUUUCUGUGUCCAGUUACACUGUUAGCUGUU